CCCGGAUGUCUAUCGCGCCGGAAGAGAAGACAGCCUCUUUCCCAGCCAUCUUUUGGCUUACUAGCAAGCGAGCUCUAGGCUCCAGGCCUCGUAGAAUCGGAGGAACAUCCACCUCUUAAGGGGCCAUCAUGCCCGGUCACUUGCAGGAAGGCUUCGGCUGCGUCGUAACCAAUCGGUUCGACCAGCUAUUUGACGAUGAAUCUGACCCCUUCGAGGUGUUGAAGGCGGCCGAGAACAAGAAGAAGGAGGGCGCAGGGGGACCGGGUCAAGGGACCGGCAAAACGGCAGCUCAGGCCGCCAAACAGCCCAAGAAGGAGUCCCAGAAAGACCGGAAGAACCCUCUGUCCGAAAAGGAGGAGAAGAGCCAGGCGCCUGUACCAAUCAAGAAGGAAGCUAUCAGGCGGGUUGGUCGGAGACCUGAUCAGCAGCAGCAGCCGCCGCAGCAGCCACCAACACAACAGCAGCAGCAACAACAACAACAACAACAGCAGCAGCAGCAACCACCUCAGUCAUCACAGGGUGAAGGAAAGCCAGUUGACAGGAGGCAGUCCGAUAGGCGGCCACCCCGUGAACGCCGUUUUGAAAAACCAACUGAAGAAAAGGGAGAAGCAGGGGAAUUUUCUGUUGACCGACCCAUCGUGGAUAGGCCCAUCCGUGGUCGCGGUGGCCCUGGUGGAAGGGGUGGCCGUGGCGGUCGUGGACGUGGUUUGGGCAGGGGCGAUGGCUUUGACUCUCGUGGAAAACGUGAAUUUGACAGGCAUAGUGGCAGUGACAGAGCUUCUUCACAUUUCAGUGGCCCAAAGCAUGAGGAUAAACGGGGAGGAAGUGGAUCACACAACUGGGGCACUGUUAAGGAUGAAUUAAGUGAACUGGACCAGUCUGCAGUCACUGAGGAAACUCCUGAAACUGAAGAACAUCCUGCUGUUGAUUCUGAAAACAAGGAAAAUGAGGCUGAAGAAGUGAAGGAAGAAGGUCCUAAGGAAAUGACUCUGGAUGAAUGGAAAGCAAUGCAAGACAAAGAACGUUCAAAAGUUGAAUUCAACAUCCGUAAACCAAAUGAAGGUGCUGAUGGCCAAUGGAAGAAAGGCUUUGUCCUGCAUAAAGCAAAGAGUGAUGAGGUUCAUGCUGAGUCAGAUGCCCUGGAUCAUCAUUUCCGUAAGCCUGCAAAUGACAUAACUUCCCAACUUGAAAUUAACUUUGGAGAUCUUGGACGCCCUGGUCGUGGAGGCAGGGGAGGAAGAGGCGGCCGUGCCCGCGGCGGUAGGCCUAGUCGUGGAGGAAGAACUGACAAGUCAAAUGCUUCUGCUCCUGAUGUAGAUGACCCCGAAGCUUUUCCAGCUUUGGCGUAAGCUUGGAUGACUUGUCCAACUUUGGUGCCCCUGAGGGACCCCUUCUACGAGGCUUGCAUGCUUAAGGAUCCUAAACUACUACAAAUUAAAAAAAAAAAAAAGGAAAAACCCCAAGACUGUCAAUCAUACCAUUCACACCUAUGGACUGAAUUUUAUCUGUUUUGAAAAAUGGACUUCUCUCGCUACUCAGAAGCAACAAUAUGGUAGUCAAGUUUUUGUAUUUAGAGAUGUUAUGGUAGCAGGGAUGUUUUCAUAAUUUUUCAGAGAAUAUGCAUUCUUCAUGGAUACUUUUUUGUAUUGCUGCUUGAAAAUAUGCGUUUCCAAACUUGAAAUAUAGGUGUGAAAAGUGUGUACCAGUUAAAGCUUUCACUUAUUUGUUCUUUGUUUUUUUUCCCCCAACUUUAAAUCUUUUUUUUAACAUGCUAGAAAUUACCCAUGUAUUGGCAACUUGAACUGGUCAUUUUCACAUCUGACCUUGCCCUUUGUCUAGCUAAAGUCCCAAUUUCUAUAUAUCUAUUUUCAACUUGCAAAGGUCAUUUUACUUUUUUUUUCUAGAUUGUGUAAGAAUACACAAAAUUUAGACAUUUUAAAGUACAUGAAUGUGCUUGUCAAUUUUGAUCCUGUGGGUAAAUGGUGUUAAUGGACUGCAACUGUAGAGAAUUGGUAAUGUAACGUAUCCCAGUGUGUAUGCUUAUUUAGCAUAGGAUUUAAUUAACAUCGCCCUGAGAGUUAUGGUAAUUUCCAUAAACUCUCUAAUGGAAUAUGAAUUUUCAUUUUGAAUUGGACAUACUGAGUAGCACAAACAUGUAUCCAGUGUAUGAUAGCAAAACCAAUAGGAAAGUCAAACCUGAAAAUGCCUUCAUGCAACAAACAUCAGAAGUCAAACAAGUUACUGUGUUGCUUGUUCCAUUUGCUGCAACCCGUGUGUGAGGAGAAUUGCUUUAUAAAAGAGCAGCAUUACUGAGGUGUUUGUCACACUGGUCCCUUGCAUUGUGAAGAGCUUUUUCCAUUUGCCUGGGAAGUAGAACAAACACUUUGCUCUAAAUAGUUCUUCAUAGUUUUCAGCUUCUGGGUUUGGAUUGCUGGUUGACAGAUGAAUGUUUGCUCUUCAGUGAGAGAAUACAGCUCCUACUCUCAUAGAAUUUUUAGCUUAUUUAAUUUUUUUUCUUCCUAAGGCCUAAACAUUACCACUUCAAAACAAAAGGACAUGAUAGGCUACAUUAAAAAGAAAAUAAAAAUAACAAAAAAAAAAGUUGUCUACAGUGUUUGUUAGGAUAAAAUACUCAUUUAAUUUAAUGUUCUUUUUACAGUUUUUAGCAGGCUAUAAAAUUUGAAGCUUCGUACCUAUGUAGGUUAAAUGAACACAAAUAUUAUUGCCCUAUUUUUAUAAAAGUUGUACAGGACAGGCAACAAAGUAUUUGAAUCUUUUGAGUACCAAAAUGGCAGCUCAUUGUUCAGUAGCCCGAGUGCUUAUACUGUGGUACUCUACAGGGUGUAGGCGGCUUUCUGGCGCUGGCUGGGUCAGUGGUAUUUUUAUUCAACAGCCUGGCCAUUUUGAGAUUAUUUUCUAGAGAGAUAAUUUACUAUGAGACUGCAAACCAGUGGAGUUUUUAAAGAUAACACUUCAAUGCAUUAACCUAUCAAUUUAAAUAAGCCUUCACAAAAUGGAAACAUGUUUAAGCAGCUGAGAUUAAGUUAUGUACAGAUCCCUUAAGUUAUCUAAGAGCCUCUUACACAUGCAGAGUAACAUGCUAGUGUGGCCCUGAAACAUCCUUGCUAUAGGCUUCUUUACUUUUGUACAACAGUCUUGUACUGUCCAUUCAAGCUAAUCUAUUCAUUUAUGAACCUUGGCUUGUUCCUUUGCCUGAGGAAUAUCAUCAUUUUCAGUUAAAGUGAACUUGUAUCAAAUCUGAGAAUUGGCACUUUGUCGAACCAGGUCUCCUGGCUAUAAAUAAAGGCACUGCAGCUUCAUUUAAGAACUGAAUGAACCUUUGAGCAUCUGUUGCUAGCUGGUAAAUGACAAUCUGGGAUUUCCAGUCACUAGCUGAAGAAUUAAUGUGCCUUUCCCCUUCAUUACCCAUCAUAGUUGUACAUUUAUCUGAAGCCCAUUUCUGUGUGAACUGAAACUGUGAACAAAUCUGUCUGGUGGAUGCUUAUUGAAUUAAAGGUUAAUUUUCAUGCUCUAGCCUAAUGAAGGGUAAUAUGGCAGCUUUGUUUUGUCUAGUGUUUUCUUUUUCAAAGAGUUGGUAUGUGUCCCUGUUGAAGACGAGACUUGGUUCCCUCCCCACAGUAACUCUGGUGACUACAAUCUAGAAUGUGUUCUAGAUAAAUGCAUUUUGUGGCAAUUUUUGCAUAGCAAUGAAAGUUUGCCUUUAUCAAUACCACCAAUUACUCCUGGAAGUGCUUAAAUUAAGUACAGGUAGGCUUUCAAAGCAGGGAUUGUAUAUGACUUUUGAUGUAUACAACUGUUAAUGCUAAAAUAAGACUACUGUGUAUUUUAGUUUCACAUUCUCAAUGUCAAUCUCAUUCCCAAUGAAAUUUAGAACACCCAUGACAUUAAUAAAUUCUGGUCAGAGGCCUAAAGCUGAAAUAAUAUUUGUACCAGUUUUAUGUUAAUCUUGUCUGACUGGUUUAGAAAUAAAAUUUGCCAACAGGACAA